AUGCGACGUUCGAGCUUAGCAUUUUUCCUCCUAUUAAUCUUCCGGCAGGAUUUAUCUCUGUCAAAGUCUGAAGAACUUGCGGGGAAUGGUAUUGAUAAAGACUUCUCAAGUUUAAAAGCCGAAAAUUCUCAUGUCGAGCCUAACCAACUGGAUAGAGAUCAAAAUCUUUUUGAAGACGAAAAUGACGAUAACGAUGCGAGACACGCGAAGCAACGAAGAUUGAGCGAGCAGCUUAGCCAGCCAGCCGAUAGCGAUGAAGAGAACGAGGAAGCACUUCCGGUCAUUCCAGGACUGACGGAUGUCGAGCUGUUUGCUUUCAACGCAGAAUAUGCAAAGGCUGAUGUGCUUGAAAAAAUCAUUGAUUGGUCCUACGACCAGGUUGCAGACAUGUCACGGUAUCGUGACAAUUACAUUCACGUAGAAGAUUUGUAUCAAUUUCUACUAAAGACGCUGAACCCUUUGGAUGAGGAAAUUGAUGUGGAAGACGAGAAGAUUUUGACUGACGCAAUCACGGAGCUGCGCAGACAGCAAGGCUUGGUCGAUGACGAUCAGAUUCUGUAUCGAGGCUUCAUCGCACGCGGUAUGCCAUUGCGUUUUCUGCAGUCUCUGGCUCACGCAAUGCACCAGACUGUGCAAACCAGGCGUCUACAGGUCAAAGUGCGAGAUGACGAGUUGUAA